GUCCCAUAACAGUGACAUAUAUGGAUAUAUACACUAAUAAUCACAUAAUUAUGAUCAAAUAAGUCAUAUUUUUAUGUACAAAUAUUUAUUAUAAAAAUACAUCCAGAUUAUAUUUAGUAAACCUGAUGAACUACAUUAAACGUGAAUCGUUUUAACAGGUGUGGAACUAUCAGAGAAAUGUAUUAAAGUCACGGUGAUCUAAUUGUUCACUUAUUAUAGUUAUUUGUUCAUGCUGAGGCGUUUACAUCUUUUUGUCUUUAGCACUGUGACAUGCAUGUUUCAUUUACACUCUUAACCCACAUGACACACAAAGCCCAAACAGAUUUGCUAAAGGAAUCGUUUGCAGCUGGUUCUCUUGUGAUGAAAUGAUCUUCUCCGGAAAUCAAGAAGAUGAGGUUAGCUGUACAUGAGUGGUGUGAUGUUUGAGGUUCACGGGUCAGGCGUAUGAAUCAUCACGCUGACGCUCUCAGCUGGACGGUGGGGUCAUGACCCCGUGACAUCUGCAGCAUCUCCUUCUGAUGCAUCUAGAAUGGAUUUGUGUCAUUGCACACUGAGCUUAUAAGAGCUUGAGAUGGUCCUUCUUCUGUUACUCCAGAAGACGUCUGUCUCAGAUCAAGUCCUGUUCCUCGACACCAUGGUUAGUGAUCGGAUCGUUCUUCUAACCCUAACCUGCUCCGUCUUAAUGCUACUGGUCAGUUGUGAUGACUUCCUACAGAUCCGCUCCCCAGACGAUGACAUGAAGGCUCAGGAGGAGAAAGAGCUGAUUGAAGCUCUUCAGGAAGUUCUCAUAAAGCUGAGGAACAAACAGAUUCCCACUGCGGAGAAGAGGUUUGGCUGGGUCUCCUCGUGUGGUGCGGGUGAGCAGUGUGCGGUUCGUAAAGGCGCUCGCUUCGGGAAGCUGUGCAGCUGUCCAGGAGGAACCAGCUGUAGCUUCUCCAUCCUCCAGUGUCUGUGAAAACAUGCCUCACUGGCACAGUCCUGCCUUUUACUCUACUGUACUGAUGCGUGUUGUUACCCCAUCACUGCUGUAACAUGUUUUAUGAAUCAAAUAAAUGCAUGCAUUUUUCUACACA